CUUUCCUCCAGGCUCGCCCUCCGCUUUACAACUCGUUCACGUGAGAUUCGAUUGAACGAUGGGCAACAAAGCGAUCAGUCUCAACCCGCCAACUGCGGACGAGCACCUCACCACCCAAGCCUCUGACUGGCUUUGGGCGGCGUUCUCCUUCAUCACCCUUUCAUUGCUCUUGGUUUCAGGUGUGACCAUAACGAGAUCCCGGGGAACCCGUCUGUUCCACAACAUUGCCAUCAUCGUGCUCGCUACCUCCAGCAUCACUUACUUCUCCUUGGCGUCUGACCUUGGCUCGACUCCCAUUGACGUCGAGUUCCGUGGUCAUGGUAGCGACCCGUCUCGUCAGAUCUACUAUGUCCGCUACAUCCAAUGGUUCAUCAACUUCCCGCUGCUGCUCCUCGCAUGCCUACUCACCACGGGCUUGCCGCUCUCCGACGUCUUGACAACACUCUUCAUGUCCAUCGUCGUCGUCAUCACCGGGCUCGUUGGAGCGCUCGUGCAUAGCACCUACAAGUGGGGCUACUACACUUUCGGCGUCUCCGCAUUGUUCUACAUCUGGUUCUCCCUCCUGUGGCGCGCGCCCUCCACGACGUUCGCCGACGGUGGUCUCGUGCGCCGCGGCUAUUACCUCGCCGCGGGCUACUUCUCCUUCAUGCUCAUCACAUACCCAAUCUGUUGGGCGUGUGCCGAGGGUGGCAACGUCAUCACAGUCGACUCGGAGAUGAUCUGGUACGGUAUCCUCGACUGCCUCACCGGCCCCGUCUUCCUUGCUAUCUUCCUCUGGGAAGUUCGCAACGUCGACUACAACGCGCUCGGCUUCCGUUCGGGCAAGUAUGUCGACAAUGGUGCGGCUGCUCGCGAGGAGAAGGCUCCAAACCCCGCCGGCGAGCAGGUUGCGUAGAAGCUUUGGUGCAGGUUCCUAUGAGCUCUUUGUUUCUCUUCCUGGGGGCGUCUUCCCUCUUCCGUUAACGAGCGUAUGAACUUACGAAUUAAUGACCCCCCCUCCCCUUUACCCCCUUCCACGUUGUCUCCUCUUCGACGCACUACUGUAGAUGUAGCUUUACCGCUUUAUUCCCACGUUGUAAUACCGCUUUCGUAUGCCCCGUACUUGUUACCCA